AUGGAGAAGUACGACACGCUUGCGGUGGUCGGCGAGGGAUCUUAUGGGCUCGUUAUGAAGUGCAGACACAGGGAGAGCGGAACAAUAGUUGCCAUCAAGAAGUUUUUGGAGACCGAAGAAGAUGCGACCGUUCGAAAGAUGGCCCUCAGGGAAAUUCGCAUGUUGAAGAAACUGCGCCAUGAAAAUCUAGUCAACAUGAUAGAAGUAUUCCGCAGAAAGCGCAGAUUUUAUUUAGUAUUUGAAUAUCUAGAACACACUGUUCUGGACGAGUUGGAGAGCCGAGGUGGUGGAGGUCUCGGUGACGAUUUAUCUAGAAAAUACAUUUAUCAAGUUAUACGGGCUGUGGAUUUUUGCCAUUCUAAUAAUGUGAUACACCGAGAUGUUAAACCUGAAAACGUCCUUGUUUCACGAUUAGGUGUCGUAAAGCUCUGCGACUUCGGAUUUGCUCGUCCUCUCGCUCAGCCGGCCGAAACAUACACGGACUAUGUGGCUACACGUUGGUACCGAGCACCAGAACUGCUGGUAGGUGACACUAGAUACGGAGGACCCGUCGAUAUUUGGGCAGUAGGUUGCCUUUUUGCAGAAAUGAUGUCGGGCGAUCCACUAUUUCCAGGCGAUUCGGAUGUCGACCAACUGUUCCAAAUAGUUCGCAUGCUUGGAAAAUUAUCUACGCGUCAUCAACAUUUUGUAGCUCGAAAUCCCUUAUUCAAGGGAUUUAGAAAAACUCAAUCUCAGCAGAUGACUGAAGAAGGUAAUGGAAUUCCGCUGUAUCAGUUAUUUCCUACCUGGCACCGAUCUGCUCUUGAUUUGUUGCAGCAGUGUCUCAGGUUAGAUCCGCUACAAAGACCAAAGGCACCAGCAUUACUUCGCCACGAAGCCUUCAUGCAUGAUGGUUUUGCCGAUAAAUAUCUACCAGAGCUUCGACAGAAAGUUUGUACGGAAUUUCAGAGUAAUCCAUUACUUCGAAAGCACCAAAGCGCAGCCAUUCUUGCAGCCUGUAGACAAGCAGAGGUACCUGUGCAAUUGCAAGUUCAACAGCUACACCAGGUAGAAUCAGAAGUGCAAGAAGCUGCUGAUUUUGAGGAUCAACCACAGCACAAAUGGCGCAUCAAUUUGUUGGGAUGCGAUUCAGUGCACAGCAAGAGAAUCGAAUCAAUGGAUUCAUUAUCUACGGCACAAAACAGUAGCAACCAUUUAUCAAGCACCCAUGUGCUCUACAAUAAUAACAACCACAACACCCCCACUAGACGUGUGCCGCUUAAAAGUGAUCCGGUGAACUCCCAAGGGCAGAUUCAGUCGCACAUGCACCAUCAGCAAGCGCAGCACGCGCAACAUAUACAUCAACAGCAACAACAACAGCAGAUGCAACAUCAACAGCAGCAAAUGCUUCAACGGGGAUUAUCGCAGCAACAAGGGAGCCAGCAACACGUCGCUAAAAGCAAAUCUGACACAUUAACGGAGAAAUCAGAUCAAAUAUCAUAUAGGUUCAAUCAGUCACUUCAAUCACUAUUGCAACGAAACUCCAACGCGUUCAAAGACUCGUCAAAUCAUCCGUUAACGCGGCAGAUAAUUUCAAAUAUGUUAAUGGAAGCUAGACCUGCUCGACGAACUUCACCUACAAGGCGCACAUCAGCGGACACCAGUAGUAAAGGGACGAGCGGCGCAAAUGGCGGCGGCGAAACAGGGGAUGCACCAUCACCACCACCAUUCCAUAGUUUACCGCCUGAUACAGGGGGCGUCUGCCAUCAGAUGCUGGAACCUGUAAUGAACAGUUCAAAUUUUGCUCAAUAUCAUCGGCAUCAUCACCACCACCAACCGCAUCAGCUGCACCCACAAUAUCAGCAACACAUCCAUCAGCAUCAAUGCUCUCAAAUGCAUCAACAUCAAUCGCACCCUCAACCAAAACCACACCAUUAUAUGCACUAUUCACAACUCCUCCCACAGCACUAUUCCCAACAUUGUACACAUCAUCAACAGCACCCAUCACAGCAUGAGCAAAUUUUGAUGGCUAUGCAGCAGCAGCAACAAGCAAAGAACAGAUCGCCGUUUUCAAAAGCUGGUGUGCAUCCCGCGCCUGCCCGGUCUCAACAAAAUGGAUUUGACCGAUCACCGAUAUCAAUGGUUCCUCGUGGCCAACAUAUAAAGCGAACACCUGGUGGUGGUCUGCUCCUUGAUGCAACACAACUAGAGUUAAUAAACAACUCUGUAAACGGCACAAACUCUAACAACACCAUCACUCAUAGCAAUACGAAUAAUCCGCUACACCUGCAGCAGCACAUACAUCAGCAUUCGAUGCAGACACUGCAUCCACCUCCUCAGCAUGCCCAUCAGACCUUGUCAAUGCACCAGCAACGACACGCCUGGGCUACGCCUGCCAACAGCAAAGGCGGUCGGGGAAGGGUCGCCGCAGGAUCAGAUGUGCAGAGUAUUUGGCGAAGUGGGACAAAGCAGAACGACGACUUCACGCUGCCCAAUUUGCCAGGAGGUCAGUAG